UCAAGCUAAUUUAACUCAUACAAACGCGUUCGGAACCGGUACCUAAUUGACAUAUAUUUCCUUUCGGUGCAUGCCCUUACUGCUAUAAAUAAGCAUUCGAGGGAGGCAGGCAGGUAGAUUUCCGUUCCACUCGCCCGAAACGAAAGCAUCCGCAUCACAAGUGAUCCGGGACAGACUGAGCCCUUGAAAAUAAUAUCUGAGUUCGGUUUGGCGAAGACUUCGACGGAAAUUAGAGAGCCACUCCAAGAUCUUUCGUCGACUGAUCCAAAAACGUAUGCUUAAGCCUUACACUGAUGUUUCAUGAAUACCCGUUGGCUAAACAACUCAAUUAGCUUUCAAUAGACCCCCCUACAGCUCAGGAGAGAUUGUAUAUUACGAAAAGGGAACUGGCUCAUAAAUGCGACUGGCCACACGGUUGCUACUCUAAAAAUUUCAAGGGACCAUUUUCAAGGACUGAAAAAUUCUGAAGCCAACAAUGAAUGCUAGCCAAAUAAACUCAAUACUGGAAGGAAAUUCAAGCCAGAAUGACAUUGCUACACCUCUUUACAAUUUUGUGCCUGAGCCUCAAUCUUCAAGGACGAUUCGAUACAUCAUAUACUGCAUGGUUUUUAUUUUUGCCAUUGUCGGGAAUACUACCGUGUGCAUCAUUCCUUUUCGCCACAGACGCAUGCGCACGUGCACCUACUUUUUGAUCACAAACUUGGCUGUCUCUGACAUUGGAACAAUGCUGUGUUUGCCCUACAUACUUAUCAUGGAAUGGCAAGAGGAGUGGAGUAUGGGAUCAGUUAUGUGUAAACUUGUCAACCCCAGCCUUACCAUGUUCUAUCUAGUCACCACUAACACUUUGGUCGCAAUUGCAGUUCACCGCUUUUUUGUGGUAGUUUUUCCGUUUAAAUCCAAACCUGGAAAGAGUAGAGUAGCUCUGAUCAUCUUACUUAUAUGGCUGGUAGCGUUUCUCUGCGUGUUACCAUCAUUUGGAGCUAGACAACUUGUAGCCGAAGGAGUGAAGGAAAAUGGUAAAACAAGUUAUAGGUGCGACGAAAUAUUCCCUGGGAAGACGAGAGAGGAUCAGGUGUACUUCAGAAAUAUGUACACCAUAUUCCAAUACGUCAUCAAUAUCUUCUUGCCCAUUGUGAUCAUAGCUAUCCUGUACAUUGUAAUUGCUUACAAACUUCGACAAAUGUCAUUAGCACUUGGAUUACGAAAGGACAGAAGGGGUAGCCAAAGCUCUACAUCAUAUCACAGUGUGACCUCAAGAAAGAAGAGCAUAGACGAUAUUUCUUUACGAAAAAGAAACGAUCUUGAGAAAAAGUUCUUGCGGAUGCUCGCCGUUGUUGUUAUUGUUUUCAUUCUUUGUUAGGUGCCCUACACCACUUUCUACCUUGUGGUGUCAAACUAUUCGAUGGCAAUGACCUGGAAGUAUAUAGGAAUCCUCUACCACUACAUCUAUCUGCUUAUGUGGCUUCCAAAUGCUUUAAAUCCGAUAUGUUAUGGUGCUUUGGAUGACCAUUAUGCCUCUAUAAUUAAGUCUCUUUGUUGUGUAAGGAGUCGAGCUCAACGAUUAGCCAGCCGCCUUGCAAGCAAUGGGGUCAACUCCUUAGGGGGACGGUCCAACAGACCAGGAAAUUUGUUCAGUCGUUGCAAUCAAACUUUGCCCCCUAUUAUGGAGAAAUCAAGAACACAAACCUACAGUCGAACUGUUGAAAGACAUAAAAAAGCAGGUAAUGGGAAAAAUUGGAAAACGUGUUGCAGCUAGUGGACAUAGCAGAACAUAUGUAUCAAAAGAAGACGGUAUUCUCAUCUUAAGAAAACGAAUUGUUUUUUAAUUAAGUGGUCACGGCACUGAAAUUGUCAUUACUUUCUGUAGAUCUAGAGAUCAAGUUCAACAUUCAGAGCUGUCACAGGCAUCAUUAGUAGAAAGUAUCCCUUGGCAGUGGUAAAAGUACUGAUAAACUCGUGGCCCUCGCUGAAUAAUCUCUGUCUAAUGAUCAAAUUGAAACAUAGCAGGAUUAGUAACCUCAACUGGUACUAAAGGCAAACCAACAAACUAUUUACAAGCAUGGUUGAGGACUUUAAACCCCGGCUAGGACUGUUACUGAUUAAGUGUCGUAAAACCAAAACCAGUAGAAAGAAACAAAAUAUCGCAACGAGCAAAUAAACUGAAUUCAAACAAAAAGCAUUGCCCAAAGCGCGGGAAAACGCGAUUGAUCGAGAUGGAUUGGUGAUUACUACCGUUAAUAGCUUCAUUAGAGCACCGUUAGGAUAAAAAUGUUUCACCCUGAAACAUGCACGGUAGAUUCUGUUACAUCGGACAAGUUUGAUCAGAGGAAAAAAGGAAACAAUCGUUUCGGAAAUCAUUACAUCACAUGUCAGUUCUGGGCUAGAAAGCUUGAUCUUUUCGUUAUAUGAGACAGAUGGAUAAAACUUAGUUCUACGGCAAAACAUUUUGGAAAAGGAAAGUGUUCGAUAAAGUGCCGCAAGCUCAAAUCUUUUGGGAAAUUUUAAGUAGUUGGUGUUAAGUUUAGAGAACACUGAACGUGGCUUGGAAGAGCUCAUUGCAUGAAAUUGCUUGGGCCUGCGUUUUUGUCCCACUUCACGCGAAUCGGAUAGGCUAGGUUAAAAGGUGCACGAGUCAGAACAAAUCGGUUGUGGAGUUCUUUGAUCAUAAUAGAAGCCGCGAGAUUUAUCUUUGAUUAUUAUUAAUAUGUAACACUGAUGUGCAUGAUAUGUUCGUGGAUGUAAAAAGAUGUUUGUAUGUAUCAACAUACUUGAUAUAACUUUUUGUAAUGGCUACGGAGAAAAAAGGAGAAUAUUAACCAUCUGAACAAGAGUUACAUCAAAUAAACAAAUAGCCCAGUUCCGAAUAACCCUUGGCCUCAUUUUCAAAACGAGUCCUGGUACUCACC